UCGUAUUCUUACGUAUAUACACCAUAGGUCUACAGAUUAUUAUUUUUUUUGUGUUCCAUAUAUUUUUUUUUGUUGAAGCGAUCUAUAUAGAUUUCUCAACGUCAUGUCUGUAAACGGAAAACAUAUUUCUGGCAAUCAAAAAAGUCACAUCCGAAAGUCAACUUCGAACUGCAUCGGACGAAAAAGUAUCCAUGAAUCACAGCGUGUUGAAUGCAAAACGUGAAAAUCGUUUAAAUGUAGUUUCCUCAUGGUCACAGUAGAUAUCGAAAUCUACAGAUACUGGGAGAUGAAAAUAUAAAUCAUUUCGAUACUAUUUUAUAGGAAAUAAAAUGUAUAUUCUGAAUGCUCUUAUAUAAUUUUUAUUUGCAAUGAAAGUUUGCAUUCUUUAGACCCUCCAGUAGGUGGAAAUAAAAUCAAAUUUGAUAUCAUAUCGCUUCUUGUUUGUUUCUUUGCUUUUUAAAAAACUGAGAACUGUUUCUAUUUUUUGGAAAGAGUUAUAUUUAAAUCUAUCAACACCCACUGAAUGACGUAAUUGUUUUCAUUCAAAACAAGAGCCCUGAAACAUUUUUUACUUAUAUAUUUAAAAAAACAUCCAGUUGUAUAGACAUGUAUAUAGAAUACUAUAUACAUUAUGCAUGAGAAAGACCCUUGAGAAAACAUUGUAAAAAACACAACAGUCUGAACAACUUGCUAAAUACGAAAACAAAAUCAUGGCCGUCAAAGCUGUUGACAUGUGUUAGUUGUGGAAAACCAAAGUUUUCAUAAUUCCAAAAUAUACGCCAAUAAGAUCAGUACAUGUAUGUAUAUGAUUAUAUUUAUAUGUGCGAAUACGGCUCUCGGCCUGGCUUAAACAAGUGAACAAUCUUGUUGAAAAUCACUACCAUAUUUGGAAAAAAAAACUAUACUUUUCCAAACGACUUUGAGGCAUCAACGACUAGGCCGUGUCUAAAAAAAAUUGGUUCAGAAAAAAUGUUAUAAUCUUCCCAUCUGUCUUAAGAACUAUUCUUUUGGUAGCGAGGUACUAAGGUCUACUUCUACCAAAAAUUUUUUAAGAAAUAGCUACAAAUAUUAAAUCCAUUUCUAUUUAAAUUCUGGAUAAAAAUAUUGUCGUCGAGCAAUCUAAAUCUGAAAAUAAACGGAGGCAUUUGAGGAAUAAGACAACCCAAUAUCGGGGGGCAUUUGAUGACUCAAUUGGCGCCAAUCGGUGUUGCGCCGGCUCCUGUGAAUGAAGCUAACUCGAACUGGUUGAAACUUGUGGUACUAAAAGGAAAUCUUUGCUGCAAGCUACUUGCCUUGCCAAAGUUUCCAGCCGGCCAAGGUGAGCCGGCGGCGCACCGUUUGGCGUCCCAUAUCGAAUGUCGUGUGCAUGAGAGCGGUGUUUUGGCGCUCUUCAGCAUUGUCAGUGUCAAUUAUUUAAGAUGUAGACACGGGUACUGUUGCCUUGAACUUAUCGCCAAACCUUUCGUAAAUAAUGGACAUGCAUUAGGCGUGCGCCGGAAAGCAAUUGUUCCUUAGAAACUGCUCGCAUUUGGCAGGCUGCACUCAAGCAUUUUAAUUUGUGUUCGCAUUCACGCUUCAAGGGCAACUAUUUUUGAUUCUUGGGAACAGCUGCUUAAUGUGAUUGACAAACACAAAGUUUAAGACAGAGAGUCCAAUGAGUGUGCCAAAUUUAAUUUAAAUUAAAGCCCAAAAGCUCGCCCAAAAUGAGAAAUUCAAAAAGCCGUUAAACAGCUGAUUGGUGUUAUCGAUAUCUGAUUAAUACAGAAAUUACUCCAGCCCUACCUAUCAGUUGUAGAGCUGCCUACACUAACCGGUGGAAAUUUCAUAACAAUGUCGUUUACUGACAAAUUAAACUAUUACAGCAAACGAAAAUCCUUCAAGUAUGGAAUUCCCUUUCUCAUCAUGAUGGUGGCUGGAUCCUUUGGACUGCAGCAGUUCUCCAAUCUCAGGUAUCAGUACUCCAAAAAGCAACCUGUAACGCCGGAAGAAAUGAAGAAGUACGGCGUGAGCAUGAAAAAGCGCCAGGAAGUAACUCUGGAGACGGAAUACGACAAAAUUCAGUCAGUGGACAUCGACAACUGGGAAAACAAACGAGGCCCUCGCCCUUGGGAAGAAGAGGGACUGGCGGCGCCAGCCAAACAUUAACCAUAAUGUACUUUAGGCUAGUAGUUUUGUUAUAGGAAGGCGCAAACUGAUUGAUGUAUAUAAUUAAUAAAUUUUAAAAUUUUUAUAAAUAUCACGAA